UCCACCUGCUUUUGGUGAACCAAUAGGCGCUCACGCGGAGACAUUUCAAGUAUAAAAGAGUUUCGCGUCAUUGUUAGUUAUCACUGAAAGGAAGACAAAUCGCAAAUCAUCAUGUCCCAGCGAACGCUCAGACUUGACAUCGAAAAAGCGGCAAAGACGACGUACGUUGUCGGAACGGAGUUGAUGGUGAAUUUAAACAGGUGUGCCCCACAACAGUCCAAGUUCUUCUCUGUAAAAUGCACACCCAAUGUGCAUUUCAAGGUCACUCCCCUGACCAGGGAGGGGAGUUCCCCCUCAAAUGUCCUUGCCCCAAACUCUACCCUUCUCAUCAGCAUGGACGCAGUCAGCGAAAUGGCAAAUGACAACAAACUAUCCGUGAGGUACUAUGGGGAGAAAAUGGAUAUGCUUGGGAAUGCCAUCUUGCAUCUAACAGCUGUUGAGAUAUCUCUGGAUGUAGAUGCCGACCGAGAUGGCAUUGUUGAGAAAAACAAUCCAAACAAGACAUCAUGGAAGUGGGGUCCUAAUGGACAUGGUGCCAUUCUUCUGGUUAACUGUGACUCCGAGUCUACAUUCAGGAAGACACCUGACAGCCAGAAAGAAGAGAUAAAUAAAGUGUCAGAUUUAAAGGACAUGUCCAAGAUGAUCUUGCGCAUCAACGGGCCGUCUGACCUUCCGCAGGGCUAUAAACUGAGCAUGCACAUCACACAGACAGCUUCGGAGAGUGUUAGAGUCUUUAGACCUCGGACAACUGGAAAACCAAAGGACUUCUGGAAGCACAAACUCCUGAAGUUGUUCCUGAAAGAAUAUCUAAUGGUGGUGGGCAAGGACAAGCUGGCAGAGGAAGUGCCCUAUCUAGGUGGCAAAACUGAACUGCAGUUCUUUGUAGAAGGCCUUCGUUUCCCUGAUAAAGACUUUGAUGGCCUCAUCACCAUCAACCUAAGUCUGCUAGAGCCCAGUGGUGAGGGUUACCCUGGAAAGCCCAUCUUUACAGAUAAGGUCAUGUUUCAUGUGUCUCCAUGGAUAAUGACCCCCAACACCCUCAAACCCAAGGAAGUGUAUGUGUGCAGCACAAAUGAUAACGAUGCUUUCCUGAAGAGCAUUAAGAACCUGGUGUACAGCUGUGGUUACAAAUUAAAUGUGUGUCAUGAGUACAUGAACCGUGGUGACCGCUGGAUGCAGGAUGAGAUUGAGUUUGGCUACAUUGACUCUCCUCAUCAUAGCUUUCCUGUGGUACUGGAUUCACCUCGUGAUCGAGGACUUCAAGAUUUCCCCUAUGAUGUUCUUCUGGGCCCAGACUUUGGGUAUGUGACGCGUUUCGCAAAUUAUGAAGAAGUGAGCAGCCUGGACUCUUUUGGUAAUCUGGAGGUUAGCCCACCAGUCACAGUGAAUGGGAAAAGUUACCCACUUGGCAGGAUUAUCAUUGGAGUGGCAUUCCCUACUACAACACAUGGCCGCAACAUGACACAAGUCGUCCAAGACUUCCUGUGGGCACAAAAGGUUCAAGAGCCAAUUGCACUCUACUCUGAUUGGCUGACUGUGGGGCAUGUGGACGAGUUCAUGACAUUUGUCCCAGCGCCUGACCGAAAGAAAUUCCGGUUGCUGCUGGCUAGCCCCGAUGCUGGUUACAAAGUUUUCAAAAAAAUACAGAAAAAAGGAUUUGGAAAAGCAGAGAUGUUUCCAGGUUUGGAGGAGGCCAUCACCGUAGAUGACAUCCUGAGUGAUGAGCAGCUACAGGCUGAAAACAACUACGUGCAGAACUGUAUUGACUGGAACAGGGACGUACUGAAGAAAGAGCUUGGGUUGGAUGAUGAGGACAUUAUUGAUUUGCCCAUUCUGUUUAAACUGCUUAAACAUGAAGAAGAGGAAGAGGAAGAUGUCCCACGGGCUGCGGCCUACUACCCCGACAUGGUGAACAUGAUCGUGUUGGGUAACCAAUUAGGUAUCCCAAAGCCUUUUGGGCCCCAGGUAAAUGGCAAGUGUGCCCUGGAGACCGAGAUGCAGUCUCUUCUGGAGCCUCUGGGCCUCAAGUGUACCUUCAUUGAUGACUUUGCCCCCUACCACAAGAUGCUAGGUGAAGUUCACUGUGGAUCCAACAUCCUUCGGGAACCAUCUACUUUUAGAUGGUGGAACCUGGAGCUGUAAGAGAGAGAGAAGGAAAAACUAGGCAGAAGAGAGACCUCCAAGUUGUGCCUAUUAUUCUUAAACAGAUGAUCAGAUCUGAUUAAUUCUGGCAAUAAACAAAGCAUACAUGCCUUAAACUUAAAAGAACCAGUAAAGCAAUAGCAAAUAACUUCAAUAACAUAGGGCAAAUCGACAUGGUUCCAAACCUAUAUACAGUUAUUUUCUCUUUCGUUGGACACAAAAUAUAUUUUGAAGAAUAUCCAAGCAGCUGUUUUCCAUACAGUGAAAACAUAUAGUGACCAAGGGCUGUCAAGCUCCAAAAAGGACAUAAAAGCACAACAAAAGUACCUUGGAGUAGUUCAUGUAACUUGUGCGCUACAUUGAAAAGUCUUUUGAAGCCGUAUGAUAGUUUUGUGAGGAAAAGACAAAAAUUCAAGGCGUUAUUUAAUGAAAAUCUUUCCAUCUGGGCUUGUGUUCUAUUCAGAUAUGGUGUGUCAAGAUAAAUCAAGCCAAGUUUGAUGUGAAUGAUAUCAACUUCAUUGGUUCUUCUGUCUCUCAUUAUUUUCAUCAACCCUGGUGUGAUGUGUUGUAAUGCUGAAUAUUUCAAUUGAACAGGAUUUGAGAGCUCUGGUGGAUUUUCUGCAAAAAUGACUUAAAAUGGUAAGAAUCUUGGAAUAAAGCGCACAAGUACUUUGGUGCUUUUUGUCAUUUUUAGAGCUCAACAGUCCCAGUAUGAAAAACGCUUUGACAUUCUGAAAUACAUCUUUUGUGUGUGAAUGAAAACAGAAUUUUCACUUUUGGGUGAACUAAUUCUUUAAUACUUUGUAAAAGCUUCAUGACUACUAUGCUUGAAUUCUGCAGGAUUUCUAAGAAAUUUAAAGGUUUACCAAAAGUGAAAAAUAAUCACUUAAGAGCUCAAAUGUGCUUUUCUUUCUUUUUAAAAUUGCUAUAAAAAUAUAUAUAUAUAUUUUACUUGAUGCUGUGCUGAGUUUCUAAGUUAACUGUGAACCAUAGAAAAAUGGACCAUUAAUAAAAAUCUGCCACUAUGACAAUACUUUUCAAAAUAUAUUCUUAAAAGGAAUAUUCCGCAUUAAAUACAAGCUAGCUCAGUCGACAACAUUUGUGCCAUAAUGUUGAUUAAACAACACAAAUCAUUUAGACUCGUCCCUACUUUUCUUAAAAACAAAAUUGUAAAAUAAAAAUCGAGGUCACAAUUUUUGGAGGGUUUAAAGGCAGCUUACAAUUUUCAUUUUUUUGUAUUUUACAAAAGCAUUAAAUCUUCUGUUAAAACUUAUGUAUUUUUGGAGUUGUAAAGUUGUUUAAAUAGUUGUUUUGCAUUACAUCGUCAUUGCCGAGAUAAAAGGUUAGAAAGCGAUUUUAACACGUUUAACAUUUAUCGGCAGGGCCUUUCACCUUCAUUGUAAGUGCCUCACUGUAACCUCGAUCUUUGCUUUUUUUUUAUUUUUAAGAAAAGGGACAUUAAAUAAAUGUUUGUGGUAAUUGAGAUCAUGCCACAAAUGCUGCUGAUUGAGCAUAAGUUGUAUUGCACCAAUAAUAUUCCUUUAAGUAUUAAUAAUGCCUUAAUUGCCUUUUUUAUUUGUGAUUUAUUUCUUGUGUGCAUGUCUUACCAUACUCCAUUAUACAUUAAUGCAAUAAAUAAACAAUUCAAUAA